UUCCCAAACCCGAUAGCUCGCGCUCCUGCAACAGUAUACUCGUAACACCAGCGAGGAACGGAGGUAACGGAAACAGUCUCUCUAUUCCUCAGCUGAAUGUUAGAAACUUCGAAGAGUAACACACGGACGCUGUGGUGAAAUACAAAACGAGGGUGCGCGAGAUCAGUCUGAAAUUAUCUGUUGAGUUCAAAUAAGGAUUGAUAACGAAACCCUUUGUACCGGGCAGACACGGUGCCGCUCUCACCCUGCUGCUAUCUCCGAGGCUAUCGUCGGUUCCGCACAGUGAACAGCAUGCGCAAAGUUACAUUGAGAAAUUGAGAAAGUUCUCAGCAGCGUAGUCUCUGGUUAACGGCGAUUUGGAAUUAUUUACCCGUUUGAGAAGGAUCUAGUGUAGCAAAAUAACCCUGGAAACGAACUUCGGAUGAUCACAAUUUGGAUGUUACAUUUCUGUGGGGUUUUCUGUGAGUCCUUGGAUACAGUUAAAAUAAAGUAAUGUUGACGGAAUCCUUCCAAGUGACGCAUCACUGUGUGUGGAGUGUGGACGACAUGGAUUUGAUUUAGCUACAAACGAGAUUACAAACAAGAUACUCGUUUUUGUGUGUGUAGGUAAUCAGUGUACUGUGAAUACCCAGAACUAAACGACAGCUGCGAUUGUAAAACAACCUUUGGAAUUACAACCAUGAACUUUGUUGUCAGUCUGGUACACAUACUUUUGGCAGCAGUUAUCCACUUCUCCCCUGUAAAGACUGCUCACAUACCCAAGGAAGGGGAGAGGAGUAAAAAUGACGUGGUGCAGUUCAUAGAGGUGUACAACAAGAGUCUGUGUCGGACGCGGGAGGUGCUGGUGGACAUCUUCCAGGAGUACCCUGAGGAGAUCGAGCACACCUUCAUCCCGUCCUGCGUGGCACUGCAGCGAUGCGCCGGCUGCUGUACGGACGAGGCGCUUGAGUGUGUCGCUACGGAAACACGCAACGUCACCUUGGAGGUGAUCCGUGUCAGGCAGAGAGUCUCUCAGCACCAGUUCCAGAUGAGUUUCACGGAACACAGAAGGUGUGAGUGCAGACCAAAGCCAGAAGUUAAAACAAAAAACCACUGUGAGCCUUGCUCAGAGAGAAGAAAACGCUUGUUUGCACAGGACCCUCUCACCUGUAAAUGUUCCUGCAAAUUUACACAGUUAGACUGCAAGUCCAGACAACUUGAAUUAAACCAAAGAACUUGCAGAUGUGACAAACCCAGGAGAUGAGAGAAGCAGACAGAGAUGAGGAGGAGAUGGAGAGGGACACUCACGUGAAGGAAUCAUUUCUUGGCACAGCACUUUGUAACCUGAGGACGCAUUCCCUUCAAGGACAUUCACUGGAGGAGAGAAGUGAGACAGAAUCAUGAGCAGGAGAGACUUCACCACCUUGUACAAUUAUAAGAUGAUUAAUAUAUAUAUGUAUACUUAUUCUAAAAAGGAUGACAAUGUGUAUUUGCUGCUAUGAAAAGGAGGUUAAAUGGUGAACGAAUGCGCCAGAGGCGUGUGAAGGGCUGUGUUUCUGUGCCAGUUGGUUUGGGCCCAUGGUUAGGGUUAGGAACCAAGAGAUUCUGUCAAUCAUUAAUAUUUUAUGUAACACUUCACUGGAUGUUGGUCUGUUAUGGAUGUAAAUACCUAAAAUGUUUUCUGUACAAAAAAGUGAACUUGUGACCACACCUUCACUUAGGGGUGCAAUUGAACAUUACUCACAUGAGCCCUCCAAGAAGAAGGCGAGUAGGCAUGGGCCGGUAUUAGAUUUUGAUGGUAUGAUUACCUUGAGAGAAAAUACCAGGGUUUCACGGUAUUGAUAUUACAGCUUUAAAAUAUUUUUUGAACCCAAUAUUUUAUUUUUAAGCAACAUAUAAAGUUGUUUAAACAGCAGUAAACAUGUCAAGUUGAAUAGUUCAAUUCUUAGUUUUCUUUUUACUAUAAAGAACAAUACAUAAUAUUGUUUUAAUUGAACUUAUACACAGACGGUGGAAGAUUUAAACAAAAGUAUAUACAUGAAACCAGCUAAAUGUAGGCCUAUUUUUUGUUCCAUAUCACAGAAAUGUUGUAGCAGGGCUCUCAGGUUUUAUCAAAAGUUUGGCGUGAGAUUACCAUACCAUGUUUCUUAUUGUCUGGUUUUUAACUCUAUAACUUGAGACAACUAUCAACUCUGCGGAACUCUGCGCUUCUCAGCGUGAGAAAUUGUUGAAUUGUGUGAGUCUA